GUGGUGCUCUAGCCAGCUCCCCCAUUCUCAGGAACCCUUUGUGACAAGGCUUUAGCUCUGUGAUGCAGGCCUAGAGCUCUGUCCUCAAGUGAACUACCAGUGCUCAGUUGCCUGAGGACAACAGAUUUCCAAAGAUGGAGAAUUUCUUUUCUCUGAGAAGCACUGGUACCUCCUGGCUGAGCUCUGGUCCCACCUCCUGGGUGAUUGAUGCCAUCUUUGCCUUCCUGUGUGGACUGGGGCUCUUCCUUCUGUUACUCCCUUGUUUUCAGAGUAAUCCAUCCUUAUCAUCAGCUAAGAAAUAUAGAAAUAUCAGGAAGCAUCAAGUGGAGCUGAGGAGGAGGAGCAAGAGUAAGAAAAAAAGUGGAGCUUUAAAAGCUUGCAGAAAUUGCCUGAAAGAACUGGAGGGAGCUCGCAGUCUGAUUUCACUUCUGCAAAGCUGCCUGGGGAGGCUCCCUGACAAGGGUGGCUUUCAUCAACUCUUAUGUCAAGACAUCCCUGGUGAGGUGUGCAAAGCAGUGCCUGCUGGAGCCCACCAGCCAUGCAGGGAGCCUAUGGAUGAUGCUGCUCCCACCAUGUUCCUGUUGGCUACCCCAGUUCCUCUGACUCAGCGCCCUCUACUUCUUGGCUCAAUGACCUCUUCAGUUUCUGUUCAUUCCCACUCAUCUCUGAGUGCCUCUUCGCCACCAGAGCCUUUCCUUCCCCUCAACAGCCUUUUGCCCCAGCCACUUGCUCUUUCCCCUCUGCCUCCAUGUCCCCUUAAUUCAGAGGCCUGCCCUCCACCUCUGAGAGCCUCCUCUGCCCCACAACCUCCAGACUCUAUUCUGACUCUUCCUCAAUGUGACUCCUUGGCAUUCCCACCGAGCACCAUUCCACAGAGGUCAUCUCACACCCUUUGGUCAGCUUCUGUUGUUCCAGCCAUCUCAGGCCUUGGCCACUCAAGUUGUCCCAUUUCAGCCUUGUCAUGGUGGCACACUGCUGCCAAAGCCCUGUGCCUCUCAACCUCAUCAAAUUAUGAGUCUCAGCAAGAACACCUUUCCCACCACUCACCAGAGGCCUCAUUCUGGGGAAACCCCACCAACAGACAGGUAGGAGUUGCUAGCCCCUCUUUGCUGAGCUCAGAUAAUCAGAAGCUCCCAGAAAUACAAGUCACAAAGAGAGUCAAGUUCAAGAUUUGGAAAGAAAAAGAAAAAGAUGAAUCCUAUCCAAAACAAAUGAGCCCAGACUACCACCUGAAUUCUUUGGGGAAUAUGUUGAAGUCACUGAGUCCUGAACAGAACACAAGCCUACAACACUUCUGGAGUACAAAAGGAAAACCAGAGCAGCUGCCUGGUCAUCAGAAGCUCUCAUAUCCUAAGGUCUUGGGACACCAUCUACAGCAGAAAUAUAACCAACUUUUCUGGGGUCUCCCCUCUCUACACAGCGAAUCUCUGGUGGCUACUGCCUGGACCUCUGAGGGCUCUUCAUUGCCACAGUCUUCCUCUUUCUUAUUCAAUGGAAUCUCAAGUGCCUGCCCAACUCAAAUGCAGGGUAAACUAUCUCCACUGCUUUCUCAGUCCCAGCCCCCGUCCCAACUGGAGUUCCAAUCUCAACCCUUGGUUUCAUCUGUACCUCAAUUUCAACCACCGUCUCUGGCUCAGAUCCUGACCCAGGAUCAUCGCCAAUCCUCUCUUCCAAUCCUAUCACCUUCGCCACCUCAGAUUGAGGCCUGUGAAGUAUCUUGCCCUACAGCCCAGGAUAAGUCACAAUUUCUCAUCCCACCUGAGAUUCAACAUCCAGAAUGGCCUUUGUUGCAGAAGCAACUAGAAAGUGGGUGGGCUUUAUCCUCUGUAAUCAAAAGAUCUCAAGAAGUCUUUAGUGUCUUCACUUCCAAUCUUCCUGAGGACAGUUGGGCAGUCUCCCUCCUUCCUGAGAACUUUCCAAUCAGUGCUGAACUCCGCAAGCAACUGGAGCAACACCUACAAAAGUGGCUUAUUGAACACCGGUGGGAGCUGCCCCGUAAGAUCCAAGAGUCUCUGGAACUAAGGCAGCUUCAGGGUGAAUUACCAGGGACAUGUCAGGCAAAGGGCAAGCGUGGACCCUCACGUCCCUCUGCAUGUGCAGGUAAAAGCAACAAGGAUACACAGAAAGUGGAGUUCCAGCUAAGCCAGGGCAUGGGCAAGGGCCUGGGGUAUAUUUUGGGGAAGGUCCCAAAAGAUCUCUCCAGGGACUCAGAAAGCUCCCUAAUGGGGUUUCAGGAAGUAAGCUCUGAAGAGUCAGAAUGUGACUUGGGGUUGUCAAUGAGUGACUCAGGGAGCGAUUUGCUAAAGAGCUUAGAUAAGAAUCUAGAAAACAUCCUGAAAGACCAUUUGGGUAGGAAGUUGGGGAAGAUCAGUGGGAGUUUGAUCCCUGUGAGUGUGCACAAAUCCUGGCUUGCAGUCAACCAUGCUUUUCCGAAGUCCAACACUCACAAGGAAAUCAGAAACCUAGGAAUCUUGAAGUGUUGGGGACCAUAUGUGAACACCUCCCACAGGGUUUCCUUCCUCAAUCCAGACAUUCAAGAAGUGCUGGAAGCACAUAUUAUAAGGUUUUGGGUGAGGCACAGGUGGGGUCUACCCCUCAAGGCUCUUAAGCCCAUAAAUCUAUUUAAGUUGAAAAAGGUUCAACCUUUGCCCAUUCUGCAGUUUGCCUUUAACCCCUCAGCCACCUGUGUGUCUGGAACUGCCUCAAUAAUCAAAUUUGCUGAAUCCCUGAGAAGAAGACCUUCUCAGGCAUGUCUGGGAAAGAAAGUUGUAGCAGAAGAGUCAGGUCUCACCCUGGAGAGGCCUCUCCUUGCCCCUUCACCUAUGUAUGGGGAAAUCCAGAGGGCCCUGAUAAGGACCCCAUCUGAUGACAACCAGGGGUCCUCAAAGGCCUCUCUGACUGGACAGGAUAGCAGGCCACCUUCUCAGUCCUUCACACUCAACCUCAUGGGCAGAACUCCGCAGAGUGAUUCUGCAGAAUGGGCUGAGAAGAGCAGCCUAGAGCUGAGUCCCAGUUCAGCAAUGGCUGGGAAUGAGCCAAGAGAGGAGAGUGAGGAUUGGGCCUCACAAGACCCCUGCCAUAGGGUAGCAAUGCUGAAGAUGAACUUAGGACCCCAAUAUCUUAGGUCUAAAAAGGCUAGGGAGGCAGUGGAGGCCAAGCCUCCUACUCUUCAGCCAAGACCCAUCUUGGGAACCAAUGUGCUCACAAAACCCCAAACCAUAAAUGCACAUAUGGGGGGUUUAGAUACCAGUAAAAAACUUUCUAGAAUGUCUGCUAUCCAAGAUCCUGGAGAGUCAUGCCUUAACACAGAGGUUAGUGAAUUUGAGUCCAAAUUGAAGAUAAAGCCAGAGAGCCAGUCUCAAGACUGUCCUACACACGUGAUCCUUGCUGUAGACAACUUGGCUUCUCAGGCACCUCAGUGUUAUCCCCAGACAGUGCCUACUGGAGACAAGAUAGCUUCCCAGAUGCUGUAUGGCUUAAUGGCAAACCAAAAGAGCUGCUUAAGGCAGCAAGAUCCCAUGAACUCUGGACUUCAGGACUCACGGAAGAGCCAGAGCAAGAUGACUGCCUCUACUUAUAAGAGAGAGGACUGUAGGAGGCCCAACUCAGGAAAGAAUAAAGAACGGUUUGAAGAAUUGAGGACCUCUCAAGCUGAAAGUUUGAGUCACCUUUCCUCAGUCAGAGGAAUAGUAGACUCUGUUAGGAACAGAUGCAUACAGUUCCUGCCAGAGAAGAAACAAGGUCCUCCAGAAAACCUUUUCAGAAAAAGGAUGAGGCACUUUUUUCAAUGGAUUUUCCCCAAUAGAAAAGUCAAAGGUCAGAACACUAUGCAAAAAUGUAAGCCAAUAAUAGCCUCUGCCGAGAGCCAAGGACCAGUCAAAAGCAGAUCAAUUAUGGCUAAUGAGACUUCUGAGGCUCAGGCACUCAUGACAGCUGUUGGACAAAUUCUAGAGGAGAAAAUGGCAAUCCACCAUGGACUUCAUGGCACAAAGUUAAAUGAGCACAAACAGGAACUCCAAGCACCAGUAUGUGGGUGUUUCUGCUACCACAGGGUUCCCUUCUACCCAGAGCAUGGGAGAAUGAGUUAUACAGCCCACAAUCACCAAGACACCUCCAAUGGUCAGAGUAGCUCUUUCAAGGAAAGGCAGGUUAAACACCGACAGUCCUUGAAAAGUGUAAGAUUCGAGGAUGAGCAACUGGACCCAAGGCACCUCCCAUCCCUGCCUCCCAAGAAGACUUUGUCUCCAGUCAGUCCCUGCCAGUAUAGGCCAAGGAUGCCAGGUGCCCCAGGCUACCAUCAACACUGUCCACGGCACUGUCUUCUUCAGGCCUCCCUGUUUGGUCGAUCAUAAAAUACUUCUUUAGCCUUUCCUAGUAGGAAAAUAUGUCUUCAAGAAAAAAAUUAGUCCAUGUAAAGAAAGUGUUUUUUUUCUCAUUAGCACAUCCAAAUACCUAAUAUUCCCCAAUAUAUAUGUUUUCCCCCCAAAA